CAAGCAAUUGAAGUUUAACUUCCGCUCAUAUCUACUGAACCUGGGAUCUUGAUUCAUUUAUAACUAAAGCUAAAGAUAUAACAAUUGCAAACAUUGCGUUGUUUAAAGCUAUAGUUAAGACUAUGUCGAAGGUCUUGUCGAAUGAAGAUUUGGAGCUUAUGGCAGCUGGUUUCACGGCUAUUCUUGGUUUUCAAGUCGUUCAUGGCCCAGCAGGCGAAGGAUUACCUAAGCUAACGAUAAACAAGCUAUUUCACUGCACCUAUAUACCAAGAACAUUGGAAAAUGUUCCCGAGGGAGAAUCGUUUGAGGUCCAUGUCAAGACCAUCACAGGCGCUACGACUACUGUGAGUGUUACUGGCCAUCACACCAUUGCCGAGGUAAAAGCUGCAGUUGAAGUACAGCAAAAUAUACCUGCGAGGGACCAACGACUUAUGUUUGAUGGAAGGCCUUUGGAGGAACAUCAUACGAUCUCCGGUCUCGACGUGCCCCCGGGCGGUACGAUUUUCUUGCUUGUGCGCUCGCCAGGCACGGGACCUGAAUUUCAGCUCGAUACAGACGAACUAGCCCCUCGUUUUAACUACGAUUUUACUAAUGAAUCCGACGAUGGUAAGGUAUACAUGAGAGGAGGGAAGCCAUACAAGCGACCGUAUGGUUGGAAGAGAUUUGCAGUCAAAGUGCUCGGUGUUUACGGGUCAGAUACCUGGCUCGGCCCGGACGGUAUACGUACCCAAGAGGCUCAAGGGGAGUGGCCUGUGUCCUACCAUGGCACAAACCUGCAGUCUGCUAAAGCAAUUAUGGACACAGGUUAUAAAAAAGGACCAAAAGAGAGGUUUGCUAAAGCAGUUUAUUCAAGCCCUUCUAUUGAUAUGGUCGAGAAGUACUACGCCACAGAGUUCGAGUUCAAAGGAAAUAAUUGGAAAAUAGUUCUACAGAAUCGAGUAAAACCGGAUGCAGAUCACCUGAUCGUGAUUCCCGCCAAUGGCACAGGUCUUGGUGCUGAGUACUGGUUGUCUCCAAAGCAAGAUGCUGAUAAAGGUGUUUACGAUGUCAGGCCCUAUGGCAUCCUUUUUAAAAAAGUAUCAUAAACUAAUACGUGUUCGACUAUAUGCAUGUAGCGAAUUCUAUGACCUAAUAUCUAAUAAGUAAUGCGUAAAACAAAUUAUAUGAAGUCAUGAAAAUAUAAGUAGCUUAAAAAGCAGAAGAUGGCCGGAUUAUAAAAUCGUGAAGUAAUAAUUGAUUCAAUAAGCCUGAAGCGAGAUGACGUUUUACCCCCCGUCUCUAGACCAUAAUAGUUUUUAGAAUUCUUUCAUAUUAAAAUUUUUGAUUCCUUAGAGAAUACAGGAACAAUAGUCAUAAUUAAA